UACUUGUUGAUUGUUUUUUAUUCGUUAGUUUAAUUGGAAAUGGUUUUUAAAAAGAAAAAAAUAAUGGAUCAUGAUGACGACACUGUUUAUUGGUCCAAGAGUGCAAGAUUUUUUGCAAAUGAAUGCUACACAUGUAAAUCGAGGGACAAUUUAAAAAGAUGUAAAUGCAACAUGAUUUCCUAUUGCUCCGAGGAACAUCGACUCGAACAUUUGGAAAUUCACGAAAGUUUUUGCAUAGCAAUAAAGGAAUUACUAAAAGAAAAAAAAUUAUCUCACAUUUACCAGACUCUGGUCCCAGUCCCCGAUGGCGAACGAAAGAACAAAGAAAUUAAAGUCCGCUGGGACAUAAUCGACAAAUUAGAUGGACAAAAUAUGAGCCCUUUGGAAUUCACAAUGUGGGAAUGUCCACGAAUUUGUUUCGUCUGCCAAAAAACGAAGCAGGAGGAAUUAAAAAAUUGUCCACGAUGUCCGGUGGUGAGUUUUUGUAAAAAACACAAAACCGACAAAGUUCAUGAUAAAAAUUGUUCUACUAUGAAUAGUUACAUAAAUAUUUUAAACACCGCCGACAAUUUAAAUAUCGACUUAGACUUUCUACCGAUAAUUUUUCCCUACGUUAAAAAAGAAAAUAUUGUCCAUUAUUUAGACGAUCUCGUCUGGUCACACAAACUCGUCGCAAUGGAAAAAAAUAGUCAAAAAUCAAGAAAAUCAAAAAUUGAUCUCAUUACCUUCAUGGACGUUAGUUCAAAAAUUAAUUUCUCUCUCGAGAAAAUUUACGAUCCUAUUCCACAAGAAGUGACAAUUCAUAUCGAUUCUUUAGCUUACGAUCAUGCGAUUACCAAAGAAAAUUAUUGGGAAUUUCUUCUGCAUCUAAAUCCCAGGAUAAAAAAGUUAUCAAUUAUUAUCGUAAAAGACGAGACGAAUGACUAUUUUAUAAAAUAUCGACUGUGUGAAAAUUGUCGAAAUUCAGGAAAAAGUUUGUCUGUGAAAUGUUAUUCGUUACUGAAGGGAAAUGUAAACCCUUUUGAAAAUAAGGUAACGAACAUUCUUUUUUACUUCAAAAUAAAAAAUAUUGACGAAAUAUUACACAGAUGGGAGACAUUAAAUUGUCCAAUUUUAUUUCGUUUCGAUUCGAAAUCAAAUUUUUGCAAAGCGAAACAUUCGCAUUGGAAUUUAUUUAAAAAUUAUUCUCAAUGUCAUGAAGGAAAAUUAAAUACACCGUUCGGCAUGUUAUCUUCGAUUGAAAAUAAGGACUUUUAUCUAAUGCUUAAACCUCUUGAAGUUGAAGAAGAAGAAGAAGAAGAAGAAGAAGAAGAAGAAGAAGAAGAAGAAGAAGAAGAAGAAGAAGAAGAAGGAGCAGAAGUAAAAGAAACAGAAUUAGAAGUAAAGGAAGAAGAAGUAAUAGAAGAAGCAAUAGAAGAAGAUGAGAGAGAACAAAGCGAAGGAGAAAUAAAUAGAGAAAAUUCAUUCGAAAUUGAGUUCGACCUGAAAAAUAUCUGGUUCGCAAGAGAGGAAAAUUCUAAUCAUCCAAGUAAAAACAAUGAAUUGCAAAAAUUGCAAACUAUGUUAAAUUCAACAAUCGAGGAGAAAAUAAAUUUAGAAAGAAAACUCAAACAAAUUUCCAACGAUUUAAAAAAGAAAAACGAAGACAUAAGCAAAAUAACACUUGAUAUUGCAAAUUUCUCAGAUAAAGAAGAUGGAACAAUGAAUUCAGUUUAUAAGAAAAAAAGAAUUUCUUAAAUUUUCAUUUUAAAAAAGAAUAAACUCGUCAAUUUUACAUAACACAUUAAAUUUGUAUAACAAUUUUUUGUUAUAUCAUUGAAAAAAAAUUCUGUAUUCAGAAAGUAUAUUAAAAUGUUAAU